AUGGCGGCCAUGGUGCUGAAUUCUAGUUUGAAAGUUGGUUUCUAUCAUGAUGAAGACUCCACACAUUAUGGAUAUAACUUUAAUAUCUCAACAAACUUCCCACAAAAGAUCCCAGUACCUUUUAUGACAAUUGUCACUGUUAUCUAUAUCCUCCUAUUUCCAGCCUGCAUUCUUGGAAUUGUGGGGAACGGGACCGUCGUCUGGCUCCUUGGCUUCCGCAUGAAGAGGACUCCUUUCACAAUCUACAUCCUGAACUUGGCUAUUGCUGAUAUUGGGGUCCUCAUACUCAGCAUUUUGGAAUAUAUAUAUGUGAUAAAUACAUUUAUCACUGCAGUCCAUUAUCAUGAAGCUAUUUCUCCUCUGAAAUAUUACAUAUUUGGUUAUGUGUUCUCUUUACUGUAUAACACUGAUCAGCUUCUCCUGACAGCCAUCAGUGUUGACAGAUGCGUGGCGGUCCUCUUCCCAGUUUGGCAUCGAUGCCACCGGCGACCACACCUGUCCAGAACUGUGUGUGUCUUCAUAUGGGUCCUCUCCUUCCUGCUUAGUGGAUUUGACACCCUUCUCAUGUUUGCAAAUCAAUUUAACCUGCUCCAUCUUAUUUUGAAUGUUGUCAUUUGCACCCCACUCAUGGCAAUCUCUGCUAUCACUUUGUUGGUCAAAAUCUGCCUUAAAUCCCAGCAACGUAAGCGGGGGAAACUGUUAAUGACCAUUUUCCUUGCGCUUUUCUUCUUUCUCAUAUUCGGUUUCCCUGUGAAUUAUAUGUCUGCCCUCAUAUACUAUUAUAUUACAAUUGCUAUGAUGGUUGCUUUUGCAUGUACAGUUCUAAACUGCAGUGUUAACCCAUUAAUCUAUUUCUUAGUGGGAAGAGAUAAGAAGAGCAGAUCUGGGCUCUCUAUGAAAGUUGCCCUCCAGAGGGUAUUCAAGGAUGAGGAAAACUCCAGAGGGGAUGAAACUGAAACCCAGGUCCGUCAUUGCGACAAAGUGCCAGAUGUGCCUGUCACCAGUAAAUGUCUGGAAUAG